UACCAUGAAACUUCAUGAACUAUUCUGAAUGAACCACUGAAAAAUAAGACUAAAAAAUCACCAUGCCUCCAAGACACAGAGCUGGCCCUGUGGACCUGACAGACCCGGAUGUUAGCUACCCCCUCCAUCGCCUCUUUGAUGAGUAUAACUUAGAUCAUAUCCCAGUGGAUGAGCGCUUGAAUUCAUUCAAAAAGCGCGAUCUUGCUCAUAUCAAGCACUACAAAGCUGCAGUGAGAAUCUUUGGAGGGCCACUGAGUAGAAAGAGAGUCAUGAUUGCCCCACCUAUGGAAACACCACUGAAACAUCGACUGGGGGUUUAUCAUGGUCGAAAGUCCCCUCCCCUUUCUCCACCAGUUUUGAAUGCAGAACUUAAAGAACAGGUUCAAGCAGAGCCUAAACCAUCCGAGGAAGAAUUAAUUGCAGAAAAAGAAACGCAGAAAGAGGAAGAGUAUAAAAACUGGAUGACAGAGCGACAAAAAUUCCGUCAUGAUCUAGAAAAUAUGGGACUGAGUGAACAUUGGCUGAAUCAGAAACCAAACAUGACAGCCUUAGAAAAAAGAGUGCUGGUCAGAAUGAUCAAAGAGAGAACUCCCCAUUACGAGCCCCCACCUGUUGUCCCAGAAACCCCUUCUGAGGCCUCUAUUCAUGAUGUUCCCAAUGUUAAGAUACCAGCUCCUCUUGGAAUAAGAAUUCUGGAAGAGCAUUUGAGGAAAAAUAAAAUUCGACUUCUUGACUUAUUUGUUGCCACGGAUAAAGACAAAGACUGGAAAAUCACCAGAGAUGAGUUCAGAAAGGUCAUCAAAGAGUCUAAGGUUCCUAUGUCAGAGGCUUUGCUGGAGGAUAUGAUUCUCUCCCUUGACAUGGAUUAUGACAAUAAUUUAGAUUAUAAAGAACUGUCAAAAGGCUUGUCAUUUUGGAAACGAGAGAGGAGGGAAAAUCGCAGAAAGCAGAUUUCAAGAGAAUCUACCAUGGAUUCUCUAAAGUCGAGAUCUAGUUCAUCGACGUCAUUACUUGCUGCCAAUCCUAACUCAUCAGAGGAGACGGUAGAUGAGAAUCAAGACGAUGAAAAAAUCAUCCGCAACUUCUCACCGAGUCGGUCAAACCAUGACGUCCAUUCAAAACCUUCCAAAACCUCUAAUAGUCCUUCCCAAGGUACAUCCAGGAAAUCUGCAAGGUCCUCCAGCAAGUCUGAGGACAAGCCUGAAAAACCUUCUACUGAUAGGACACAGGGCUCCUCAAAACAAGGGACCGACUCAAAGUUGGAAAAACAAGACUCUGGCUUGGGAGGGGGAGAUAAUGACAGUAAGGGGAAGCAAGUGAAUAUUGAAAUAGAAAUUACUGACACCUCUAAGGUAGAAUCGAAGGCAGAUCCCAAAAGAAGUAGGAGCACCACCCCUCAGUAUCUAUCUCCACCUGAGCUUGACACGGGGCCAGAACACAUCGUGUUAUCAUCAGAGGAAGCCAUGGUGGACCUGAGAAAAAGGGACAGGGAAGCUCUCAAAACCAACAUGAUGAGAAUGUCAGCCAAGAGGUUAGAGGAAGGGCCAGGCAUCAUUAAGGUGGGGGAUAAGGCUAUAGAUGACCACUGUAUGCAGUCCACGUUGGAGGGGGAAAUGGCGGGGAUGGUCGAUAAGUUUAGACAGCUCAAGCUCAGAGAGUUCUAUGAAGUUAACAAGCUAUGUUCCCAACAAGGAAUUGCACUCAGUCCUUCUUUACUAGAAAAAGUUCUGUUGUACCCUCCGGAUAUCCCACACACCUUUAUCAAUAAACAAGUCAAGACCCCAGGGGCGCCCCUUCUCUCCAGUCACUAUGCAGAUCCCCCAAAGAGGCCCCGGACCCCCAUAGAGGUCAAACACAAGGACCGUGUGAGGCGGUCACAGAGUGGUCGACUUCUGAUAGACAGCCGUCACCGCUACCCCCAGGGUCGCUCCGUGGCACCCACAGGCACCAGGGCCACCCUGUCUACUGGGAAAGCCAUCAUAAGGAGAAAGGUAGAUUGCUGGAUGUCCUUUGAGGAGUAUGACAGACUUACAAGUCACCUGGCAAUCAGGUACCAGCAGCUACACGGCUCUUCUGAUUCCAACGCCUUCUGGCCCGGCCAGCUUCUGGAUAAAAUUAGACUGUGUAUGCCCCCGUACGACAAACCAGAUACACCAGACCAGAGCGGAAUCGUCUUCCAGAAGGUCAAGGAGAGAAAGCUGACCAAUCUCGGGAAGGCGCGGGAUUACUCGGCCUGGCCAGUCAAUGACCAAGGAUACGUACAGUCCGGGAUAUACGAUCCAUUUGCUAGAAAAUUUAUACACAACUAUUGAUGCUAGAAAAUUUUUAUAUUUAAUCUAUAAAAGCAUGUUCUAUUUUUAUGCCUUAAAAAACAUUUACACUCAUGUUUGUUACUUGCAAUGUUAGAAGUCUGAUUUAAUUUUUAUUUGUAUUUUUUUAUGCAUUCAGGUUUGUUUCUGCAGAAUUUAUUUUUGAUAUUUGUUUGACUCUGAGAGAAAUUUAUUUGUUAACUGUUACCAGUAUUAAUGGCUGUUGCACAUAAAAAGUUCUAAUUUUGUUUUUUUUUAAUGCAGUAUGUCCGGAUUAAUUUAAGCAAUAGAUGACCGCAGAUUUAAGAUGAAGUGAAUUAAAAUAUGCAGUUUAAUAUUUAAUUUGUUAUCACUUCACAAAAAAUUUUGAAGUUUUAUUUAGCCAAAAUAAAUUGAUAAAAUACAGUUGUAUAUGUUUAUCCUAUAAACUAAUUUCUGUUCAUGAAUACUUAUUUGUUUUGAUAAUAUUUCCCGAGGAUAAAUGGCAGGUAUGGUACACCUAAAGUAGAAUUAGUAAACUGAGUAUUUAUACCUUAAUACAAGAUAAUUUUCCUGUGUUUAUGUUUAAAAAAAAUCUUCAUUCAUUUAUAGAGGGACUGUCAAGUGGUUAAUUAAAAGAAUGAGUUUUUUUUGGUAAAUUCUAUUGUAUAUUUUGAUUUCGUCUGAAUUAUAGUAGAUUUACACAGAGGAACUGUAUGCUAUGUAAAUUAGGUAAUAAUGAAAUAAAUCACAAAGAAAGUCAACUAUACAAGUACUACCAAAGUCUGAGGUAGUAGUUCUGAGUCCAUACUCAGUUAUUAUGGGGAAUUUAUUCGUUUUGAAAAGUAAAACUAGAAAGCAGAUUGAAAAAUCACAAUGAUAAUUCUUAAUGAGAUGUUGAUGUACACAUAUUCCUUAUACAGGGAACAAGUUGUUGUAAAUGUGUAAGCUUGGCAAUAGAUGUACUAUAGAACUACCUUUACCAGUGACUGUAUUUCUAUAUAUUUUACUUUUGAUGAUUGCUGCCAAUAUAAACCUGUGGCCUUUCUAAUUCAUUUACAAAUUUUUGUUCAAAUAUAACUGUGAUAUUUUUUAUACAUUUUUUUUUACGUUUUUUUUCUCUCUAUCUUUGCUGCUGUGUUAUUUUUUUACUGCUGAUGUAUGAAAUAUUAAAUAAAGUACAAUAUUAUUUGUCC